UGUCUGUCUUGACCAGAGACCUACAUCCAGGGCUCUCUUAGAGUCAGAUCCAGAACAUGCAUUCACUGAUGAUCGCUCAGCAGAGUUUGGGGGUUCGUGCUUGGCUACUUCUGGCCUGGUUGUGUACUGUCAUCUAGAGUUACACCGUAGCUUUGAAGCCUGUGAGAUGCACUGAGGCCCAAGCAAGAGGCAGACAGAGAGUAGGCAGAAGUUCCAUUACCAUGAAAGUGGGUGUCCACUCUUGAACGAGACCCUCCUAGGGUCAUUUCUCAUUUCUCUGUUCAAUCCCCCCCUCUCUCUCCCUCCUGUCACACACACACACACACACACACACACACACACACACACACACACACAGAGGAUGGAUGCAAUCGAGGAGGUGAUCAAAUUCUAAUUUGUAAGAGGUGUCCAGCCGCUGUGAGCCACUGCGGCGCUGACUCCUGCCUCCCGACUUAGAACACUACCCAGGGAGGAAGGAAAACCUGCCUGCUGUGGAUGGCCUUGGGUGCUUCAGGUUCCAGGUGCACACCAGGCAAACCCCUAGCGCUACUCCUGAGUCAUUUCAUCCUGAGACAACCAGACCCCUCUGGCUUAAGACUUGCAGUGUCUACUGUCCACCUCAGGAGUCUCAAAGGCCAGCUGACAACCUCAGAAAUUAGACAACCCACUUCAUCAUAUUCUUGGAAGCCUCUCCUCCAUAUACACAGAACUUUCUGGAUGAGCAUAAAGAUGUGAAGGUUCUCACAAGGAGGAAAACCCACAGGACAAACAGGAGGUGAGGCCAUGGGACACCUACUAGGCAGAUAAUCCUCGCUGGAGCAACAGAGAAGUGUGUGAAUGUAGGCUGCGGCAGUCCUGAAGGUUGAUGGAGGGCCAUGCUAUUCAAACAGCAGGUGUGGCUGAGACAGAAGCUGCUGGUGCUUGGAAGCCUUGCCAUUGGGAGCCUCCUGUAUCUCGUUGCCAGAGUUGGGAGUUUGGAUAGGCUCCAGCCCCUUUGCCCUGUUGAAAGCCGAUUUGGUGGUGCCCACAAUCAGGCUGAGUUCCCACUCCGAGCCCUGCAGUUUAAGAGAGGCUUGCUGCAUGAGUUCCGGAAAGGCAACUCUUCCAAGGAGCAGGUUCGCCUCCAUGACCUGGUCCAGCAGCUUCCAAAAGCCAUUAUUAUCGGGGUGAGGAAAGGGGGCACCAGGGCCCUGCUAGAGAUGCUGAACCUCCAUCCUGCAGUGGUCAAAGCUUCCCAAGAGAUCCACUUCUUUGACAAUGAUGAGAAUUAUGCCAAGGGCAUUGACUGGUACAGGAAAAAGAUGCCUUUUUCCUACCCUCAGCAAAUCACAAUUGAAAAGAGCCCGGCAUAUUUUAUCACAGAAGAGGUUCCGAAAAGGAUUUACAAAAUGAACUCAUCCAUCAAGCUGUUGAUCAUUGUCAGGGAGCCAACCACAAGAGCGAUUUCUGAUUACACUCAGGUGCUAGAGGGGAAGGAGAGGAAGAACAAAACCUAUUAUAAGUUUGAAAAGCUGGCCAUAGACCCUAAUACCUGCGAGGUGAACACAAAAUACAAGGCGGUUAGGACCAGCAUAUACACAAAACAUCUGGAGCGCUGGCUGAAGUACUUUCCGAUUGAACAGUUCCACGUCGUGGACGGAGACCGUCUCAUCACCGAGCCUCUGCCGGAACUACAGCUCGUGGAGAAGUUCUUAAACCUUCCUCCAAGGAUAAGUCAGUACAAUUUAUAUUUUAAUGCUACAAGAGGGUUUUACUGUUUGCGAUUUAACAUUAUCUUUAAUAAGUGCCUGGCGGGAAGCAAGGGGCGCAUCCAUCCUGAGGUAGACCCCUCCGUCGUUACCAAAUUGCGUAAAUUCUUUCAUCCCUUUAAUCAAAAAUUUUACCAGAUCACUGGUCGGACAUUGAACUGGCCCUAAAAUAAUACAACCCUGUACAACACCAUGUGUUGUAUCUGGAGCCACGUGGUUUCUCCUCUAGAUUAAAAUAUGCACUUUCCCAGACACAGCUACCCAAGUCAUUUUUCCAUGAAUAACUUGUAAAUACGCAGUGUGUGACCAAAUAUAAGAUCAAUUCUUUUUCUACUGAAAAUUUACAAAACAAAAUAAAUAUUAAACUGCUGUCUGCCUAGUUGCAUCUUUUAAGCUAUUUACAGAAAAAGAGAAAAGAAAAAGAAAGACAAAAAAGCAAAAAGAAGAGGUGGUGGGACUGGGGGAAAGUGACUUUAGAAAUUCCCAAGAGUUAGUCUUCCUUUGAUUCAGAACUUGUCACCCGCCAUUUUCAUAGAUUUAAGCCAAAAGAUGAAUGUGUGAAAAUGUACCAAUGGCUAUGAAGCUUCAGGAAGUAGAGGAUUCAGUUUUAUGGUGUUUCUUUUUGUUUUGUUUUGUUUUUGUCCUAAGGUUCUUUAAUUCAGACGCUAGGUUGGUGCCAUGAAAACAGAAUAUGCUAUUUUCUUAUCAUUUAAAAGAAUGUCUUAUCUCAUCAAAUUGACCUUGUUCCAAAGUUCCUGUGGUAAUUUUGCACUAUUGUUUCCAUGGUGUCUUUUGUAGCAUGUCUAUCACGUGCCGGAGAAUCAAGUCCUUUUACUUCCAUGUUGUAUGUCAACAAAGAGAAAUGCCCUGUACAUUUUGUAAAUGAUGUAAAUACCAGUUUCACACUAAGUAAUUCUAUUUUGUAAACUGAAUAUGGCUAUUUAAUUUAUUGUGAAAAUUAAAUUUAUUGUGGUAUUUAAAAUGGAAUGGAUUAAAAUUACACUAUGUGCAA